AUGCCAUUAAAUUGGCAACGAGAAAAUUGGUCGGGAGGAUUCGUAUAUGGGCAACAAAUGCCUUUACAACCACCACCAUUUUAUUAUUCAAUAGAUAAUUUGACAAUGAAUAAAAGUUCAUCUAUUUUUAAUGGAAAGAACCAAAUUCAAGGUCAUUCAGUAACUCCUCAUACACCACGACGUGGAAUUCUGAAACAAACAGAAAAAUGGAGAACACUAAUGACACGUCGGUUAGUUCAUUUCAUGCCGGAACGUUGGCAAGGACAAGAAACAGCAGCUAAUAAUAUGACUUCACAUGAAUAUCGUGGUAUGUCAAUAACGACACCCAUUCAAGUGAAUAAGAAAGGUCAUAAUAGCAAUGUAGUUUCAGGACUAAAACGUUCAGGUACAAAGAAAACACCUGAAAAAGCUCAUCUUGACACACUUCGUAGAAGAGAAAGGCGUCAGCGAAAUCGAGCAUUUUUACUUGAACAAAGUAAAGAAUUAGAUCGAUUAAGUGAUAAUCGUUUUAAUCUUCUCUCUGUAACGGAUGAUGAAGAAACUGAUAAAGAUCUUUCAGAGAUUGAUAAUGAAAUAGAAACCAUGAAAGAUAAUGAACAAAGAAACUUGUCGAAACAAGAAAAACAAAAUGCUGGCACACGUAUGAAUGUAGUCAGUAAGAAGAGACAAGUUAAAACAACAACAGAAGUUCUGAUAAAUAACGAACAUGUUGUAAGUAAUAAAACAAACACGCGAGGAAAUAACCAGCAUCAAAUAAACGUAUCUAAUCCUGAAAUGGAACAAAAUAAUGUCGAACAAUCAUCGACUACUAAAGAUAAACGAAAAAUUAAAACAUAUUUACAAGGUUUUAAGAUUCUCGCUUAUCUCAAAGGUCGAGCAAAUAAUGAUCAUAAAUUGAAAUUCGAUUUAAAAGAUGCUUUCAAUGAAGUAUGUGCAUAUGCAAAGAAUACUAUUGAAACAUAUGAUAAAUGGGUACAUGAUCAUUAUGAAGGGCAAGUCUGGCAACGAUUCUAUGAUCUAGGUAAACAUAAAGAUCAUUGGGCUAAAGAAAUAGUUAAUAUUACACAUACACAGGAGGCUAAAACAAAUAUAGUACUAUGUGAAAAGAAAAUUUCACAUUUUACAUCGGCAUGUUUCGAUGCUAAUAACAUCAUCACAUGA